AUGGCAGCCAAAGCGCGAGCGGAGGUGGAACCCCUCCCCAAAGCCCUCCUCCCCCUCUACCACCGCAUCUACUGCUUCCUCUGGCUCUGGGGCCUCAAACUCAUCGCCACAAUACACACCAUCUACAAGGACCUCAUCCACCCGCCCCUAGCCAGCACCCACCCAACCCUAACCCUGCACCUCCCAUCGCGCCCGACGCUGCAAACCCGCAUCUUCUACCCGCCCACCUACACGCCGGGCCAACCGACCCUCCUCCCAACGUACAUCAACCUGCACGGCGGGGGCUUCGCCGUCCACACGGCGCGCUUCGACGACCCCUUCUGCGCCUCCUGGAGCAAGCGCACGGGCAUGCUCGUCCUCAGCCUGGACUACCGCAAGAUCCCGCUGCACCCGUUCCCGACGGCCAUCCACGACGUGGAGGCGCAGAUCCUCGACCUGCUGGCGGACCCCACCGCCCUGCCCAUCGACCCCACCCGCUUGGUGAUCGGCGGCUUCAGCGCGGGCGCCAGCCUCGCGCUCGCCGUCGCGCAGCUGCCUGCCCUGAAAGGAAAGUUUCGGGCUGCGAUCUGCUACUACCCCAUCGUGGACUUCAGCCACUCCCCGCCGGACAAGAUGCACGCCCGCCCCUACCAGGACUACUGGCGCGAUCAUCUGGGCGACGCCGGCUGGUGGAUCGAUUGGGGCUAUGUCUGUCCCGGCCAGGAUCGGAGGGAUCCCCUCCUCAGUCCGUGGUAUGCGGCCACCGAGGAUCUGCCGGAAAGGGUGUAUAUGGUUGCGGCGGAGUUUGAUUUGUUGAGGGUUGAGGCGCAGGAGAUGAUUCAUCGGUUGGCCGGGUUGGAGGGCAGGCGGGAUAAGGAGCGCGCGUUUGAGUACUCGGAAGUCGCACAAGCAGACCAGGAUGACCUGGAAUCACAACCGUCACCAUCCCACCACCACGGAGACACCGAUCCGACAUCCGCUAUUCCUCUGGUCACCUCGGUGAUUACCACGCCCCAUGAGCACUGUGAUGCCUGCGAGCGGAUCAUCGCCCGACGAGAGCAGAGACAGAAUCAGCUACAAUGUUGUGGGAUGGUUGCAAUUGUCUUUGUGAUGCUGUUUAUCUGUUUGACAAUUAUGGGGGCGGUGUUUGCGAGGGUCAAGGCGCAUGAUGAUUGA